AUGUUAUUUGCCAAUCCGGCUGCAGCGAGCAACCGCUCGACUUUGUCAGCGCACGUGUCUUUUCUGCUGGUAGCGCUGCUGCUCGCUUGCGCUUGGCGCGAGUCGAAAUCUCUCGUGCAGGUACUGCCGCCGCCGAUCGUACAUAAUAACGGGGCCGGCGAGGAAUGCGCUUUGAUCAUCGACGGCCCGGGACGCAGCAGCCUCUACGAUUACGCUUACCACCUUUUGCGUCGAUCGGCCGAACCAACGGCUUAUGUAUCGCGGACUUGCAUCACUUACGAGGCUGUCAAUCGUGCCUUUAUCGAAGCAUCAAAGCGUAUUUUUGUAUCGAAACCACCUAACGAAAAAUGGAGGUUCGAAGAUAUCGGAGCGGUUGGCGAGCUACUGCUAGAUAUAACAUCGAAUUUAGCAUACACCUACGGCCUAACGACGGAGCAGUUGGACAACCUUCUGCCGCUUCUCGACACGUCGAAAACGCUCAUUCGCGACGUUUGCCCGGCCUUCCUGAGCAACGUGCAGUGCAAAGCCGGCAAGUAUCGGCGCUUCGACGGGCUCUGCACGAAUUUAGAGCACCCGUCUUGGGGCGGCAGUCUGCAGCCGUUUGUCAGAUUAAUGACUCCCAAAUUUGCCGACGGUAUCAAUGCACCAAGGGUUGCCGUUUCUGGACGCGAUUUGCCCUUAGCUCGAGUCGUUUCACAAACCAUACACCCUGACGAGGGCUUUCACGAUCAUGCAGGAACCGUUAUGGUCAUUGCUUGGGGUCAGUUCAUCGAUCACGAUUAUACUCUGACUGCCACCCCGUUAGAUCCUUACGAUCGAAACGAUCCCGAAGAAUGUUGCGGUCGCUUACCUCAAGACAAGAAUCCUUACUGCAACGAGAUCAUCAUUCCCGAGGACGACUAUUUUUACCGAUUGUUCGGCGUGCGCUGCUUGAACUUCGUGCGAGCUUUCUCGGGCGUGAGGCCCGGCUGUCGUCUGGGCAAACGUGUCCCCUUCAAUCUGCUCACCGGCGUGCUCGAUGGUAAUACCAUUUACGGUGUCAGCGAUGAGUAUGCCAACAAACUUCGAACGGGUUACGCCGGAUUAUUACGUAUGAAUCCCGUGUUCGAGAAGUACGGCCUAAAGGAUCUGCUGCCGCUGAAACUCGACAUCCCUGACGAAGGUUGCACGCGCCCCAAUAAGUCCAUGUACUGCUUCGACGCCGGCGAGAUCAGAGUGAACGAGCAAUUGGUCUUGACUUGCAUGCACACGCUCAUGGCUCGCGAGCACAAUCACCUGGCCAGAGGCCUGGCCCUGGUCAAUCCACACUGGGACGACGAGACUCUGUUCCAGGAGGCGAGACGAAUCGUCAUAGCGCAAAUACAGCACAUAACUUACAAUGAAUUUUUGCCCAUACUGCUCGGCAGAAACGUCAUGCAAAAGUUCGGCUUGACUCUGGAGAAAGACGGUCGAUACUGGGACGGCUACGAUUCUAGUGUAAAUCCAGGUGUACUGGAUGCCUUCGCAGCCGCAGCUUUUCGAUUCGGUCACUCGCUCUUGCCCACCGCAGUCGAACGCUGGAGCAAAGCUCAUAAAUUCAUCGCUUCGAAGAGACUGUCGGAUCUCAUUAGAAGACCGUUCGACCUGUACAGAGCCGGAGUAUUCGACGAGUACUUCAUGGGCUUAAUGAAUCAAGUGGCACAGGCCAUGGACGACUCGAUAACGCAAGAGGUCACCAAUCACCUUUUCAAGAAAGUCGGAGCCAAGCACGGCAUGGAUCUCGUGUCUUUAAAUAUGCAGCGAGGUCGUGAAUUCGGCAUUCCUGGAUACAUGGAAUUCAGGAAACUCUGCGGACUGCCUUGGUCGGACUCCUUCGAGGAUCUCUUUGGGUCGAUGCCGAACGAGACUGUGCGACGAUACAUGUCUAUUUUCGAACACCCUGCGGACGUGGAUCUUUGGUCCGGAGGAGUAUCCGAGAGGCCCUUGCCCGAGAGCAUGCUCGGGCCCACUUUCGCCUGCAUCAUCGCCACGCAAUUCAGCAACACGAGACGCGGAGAUCGUUUCUGGUACGAGCUGCCCAAUCAGCCGUCAUCUUUCACUCCCGCUCAACUGCGCGAAAUAAGGAAGACAAAGCUGGCGCGUGUGAUUUGCGAUAAUACCGAUCUCAUCGACACCAUUCAGGUUUAUCCGAUGGUGCUGCCCGAUCACGAGAUCAACCCACGUGUGCCGUGCAAGAGCGGCGUCCUUCCGAGUAUCGACCUUUCCAAAUGGGCCGAGUAUCCGCAGCAAGCCUAUCAAAAUCCAUUCGUUCGCAUUUACAAUACUCAUUUCGGACAGCGUCUCUAA